AUGGCUAUCAUAAAUUUGUCAUCUAGAGAUUUGUUUGCCGAAAUUGGCGUGGCAUCGGCGUUACUGAGGGCUGAUGAAAAGUUGGCCACGGCGCAUUGCGUCUCCGAGGACUUCCAGAUGGGAAGAGGCAUUGCCAUAAACUUCAAAUUGGCACCUCUGCGGGUGGAGAGCCGCGUGUUUUGCGCCGCCAGUAAUAAUGCUGCAGAACCGAGGGAAGUAUUAAUAUUACCCGUCGAUCUUGUUAGUGCCAGUGAGAACUCAACGUUGGAUAGAUGCCUCACCCACUUCAACUUGAAAGACGAGUAA